AUGUACGGCAAAGCCGACGCUGAAACGUCGAAGCCGGGAUCGCUACGGCGCGUUCUACGCUGUGUGCAUUUCUACGCGUUCCACGCCGAUGCUAACCGAAAACGCUCUAAAGCUGUGUGGCUUGUGAAUAGAAGGUGUGGUACUUUAGAGAGGAAGUUUUUUUUCAGUCACUUCCACGGCACGGCAUUUUUAUCUGGAAUGGAUAUCUUGAGAUGGUCAAAUCCCACAGACGAGGAGAUUAACCUUAACAAACGGUCUCUUCGAAAGCUGCCAACAUCAAUAUCGGGAUUUCCCAACCUGCGAAAAUGCAAAUUAGCUAAUAAUUAUCUGACGUUUUUGCCAACAGAAUUAUCAGAAUUAAAGCGAUUGAAAAAAAUUGAGCUACAAAGUAAUAAGUUCGACCAAAUGCCAGUCCCCAUAUUUAAGCUGCAUAAAUUGCAUAAAUUAAAUAUGGCUGAUAAUCACUUAACAUCUAUUAAUCAAAGCAUCACUAAUCUUAAACAACUUCGAAAGUUAAAUUUAUCUGGCAAUAAAUUGAUAAAUAUUGACUACAUUACCACCCUGUUGAAGCUCGAGGAGCUUCAUCUUUCCAAUAACGAGAUCCAAAGCCUUCCUGCAUCAAUUGGUGACAUGUCUGAUCUUACGGUUCUUUACUUAGACAAGAAUAAUUUGACAACGCUUCCGUCUGAUAUAAAGAAACUUCACCAGUUGGAGAGAAUUGAUGUGUCAAGCAAUCAAAUUGAGAUAUUUCCCCCCGGCCUCUGUGAAUUAAAUGAAGUAACCAGCCUUAGAUUAGCCAACAAUAAUAUAUCCCUUAUCCCACCAGAUAUAGCUAAUCUUAGUGAAUUACUUGUCUUGGAUUUGGAGUACAAUCAAAUCGCAAACAUCCCACCUGCACUCUGUGACUUAAAACAACUUGUAGAACUCACGUUAAAUAUAAACAAACUGACAUGUAUUCCCAGUGAUAUUAAAAAACUUGUCAGACUACAGACGCUGGGUCUCUCUGAUAAUCAGCUCAAUGAAAUUCCACCUGCAUUGUGUGACAUGCCAAAGCUGACUAAACUAACUUUAGAUGGCAAUGGGUUAUCAGCAAUUCCCUCCGCUAUAAGGAAUCUACGUAAUCUACAGAAGCUAGACUUAAGUAACAAUAAUAUUUCAGUGAUUCCUUCAGAGCUUUUGCACAUGAACCAACUAAUUGAACUUAGAUUAGGAAGUAAUCAAUUGAAAUGCAUUCCGUCUGAAAUAGGCAAUCUACAACAGCUGGAGAAAUUAGACUUGUCGCACAAUGAAGGCAUUAGUGGUGCUGACAGUUUAAGUAGUUUAGAUGAGUUAAGCGAGCUAAAAUUGAAUAAAAAUAAUCUCCGAUCAGUACCCAAUAUGUUUAAGCUUAAGAAACUGCAGGUCUUACAUAUGAAUGACAACUUAAUCAAGGAAAUCCCGGAAGAAAUACAAAAUUUAUACAGCCUUAAGGAGCUUUGGCUGGACUACAAUCAAUUGACAUCAAUUCCAUCAGAGAUAGGGGAGCUUACCAACUUAAGGGAGUUGAGUCUGCUAAUGAACAAAUUAACAGAAAUUACACCAGCUAUUGGUAAACUGUCCAUGUUAAGACACCUCAAUCUUGAAUACAACAAGCUGAAGACAUUACCUGAAGAAGUGAAUAACUUGAUUGAUUGUGAUAUUCGCUUGAAAGGAAAUCCAAUGUCUCAGGAUUUAGACAAAGAGUCAUCCUAUCACAAAGAAGAUACUAAAGUUGUGAGAAUUCGUCGAAGCCAGGAAUAUCAAUCACACAAGCUGCCAGGUGGAUACUUCAUUAGCAUACCUCCUCGGGCAGUUCAGAAUGAUGUAGACAUAAAAGUUCAGGUUGUAGAAGAUUUACAGCCAGAAUUGAUGGAUUAUCCUACAAUGGAAUCAAAUGUUAUUAAGCUUUCUGGUGAAACACAAGUCUUGCUCAACAGCGCAGUGAAAGUAGGCUGUCAGUGCAAGUCUGCAGAUGGCUUGAGAGAUUUUGCGCUGUUAAAAAAAGAAGACGUUUGGACGACAUUGAAGUCCACAAGGGAGGAUCAGACAGUCAGCACAGAAGUCACAGACCUUGGAAUGUUUGUCUUUGCUUCACGACCACAUACUGAAGUUUUGUACGUCGAUGAGAGUGGAUGUGAGUCAUCUGUAGAUGCGGGGAUAUCAAUAGUGGUACCAGCACAAACUACUAAUGAUAGAAUUACUGUAACACAAAGGGUGUACAAUGUUGACCAGCAUCUUGUUGACAACAUUUGUAAUGCCGGUGAAAAUGAGAGAGAAAUCAGUUUCAGUCCAUUGUAUCGUAUGAUAACGCAAGAGGGGCAUAGAACAUCUGCAUCCGAACCAUUUGUAAUUGGAUUACCAUGGCCUCCAACGUUAGAUAAUAUGAAGGACGCCGAACUCAGAAUACUUGAAGACAGACAUAAUAUUAAUGAAUGGCUAGAUGUUACAGAUACUGUACACUAUGAACCAAGGGAAUUGGAUAUUACCAUAAGUACACCUUACAUGUGUGGAUAUGUCACAGCACGUGCAGUGCAUAAAACAACAGAGGAGAUUGUGAACAACUGGAAUAAAGUUGUCAAGAAAGUGGAAGAAGAUAUCAAGCUGAUGAAGAUAGUUCUUCUUCAAAAGACCGACGAUCCAAAAACAAUGCUAAUUUGUCUAGCAGAAAAGUGUAAAAUGGUUGAACAAGUUGUAAGAUUUCAGAAAUGGGGAUAUGGCACUCGUUUGCUUAAAGUACCGUUCAGUGGCGAUAUCCAGAUGCAUAAUGGGGACAAAAUUACAAUUAAAUCGUCUGACAUGUUUACUCUUAAAACUAAAAAGAGAACCCAAUCAUUUCAUUCGUUGCAAGACAAUUAUUGGUGGAUACGUGUUGAACCAAAGAAAAGACAGGAAGUACCAGUGGUCCAAAAGGGUUUUAUAGAAUUUUAUCGAAUUGAUCAUAGUCAUAAUGAUGAUUCAAUUGAUCCCUACCAAGCAGAGCCAAUCACAGAACUAGAAUUUUCGCUAUAUUCAAGGUUAUCCGAUACAGAACUGGAUGUAACCAUCGACAUUUUGGCCACAUAUAUCCAGCUAGAGAAUCGAUGGAAAAAGCUUGGGCGACAACUUGGUCUAACGCCCGGGGAAAUUUAUAAAUGCAGCCAAAAGUCAGACAAUCUUGGAAAGGCACAUGCUAUGCUUGAUCUGUGGUGCAAGAAAAGUUCUCAAUGCAAAUCAAUCAAUACAUUAUUCACCGCUUUAGAAAAUGCGCAUAUGGAUAGAUAUGUCAAUAUCAUUAGAGCAAGUUUGCCUGCAGCAGUCAUAAAAAGAGACUUCGAAAAAGCCAUACGCUACUUGUCAGAAGAAUUGUCCAGUAAUCAGUGGAAAUCCUUUGCACGUACACUUGGCCUAUCAGACGCCUGUAUAAGCCACUUGGUCGCAGAUAACCAACGUGACGAAAAGGAGCAGAUCUACCAGAUGCUGAGGGAGUGGAAAAUGCAAAACGGCUCGUGUGCUUCAAUUGAUGUUUUAGUUGAUAAGCUGGAGCAGCAGCAAUUGCAGGAUUUGGCCGACUAUUUGCGCGCCAUCGUUAUGUAA